AUGCCUCCUGCUAACAAGCGCGGUCAGCAUAUCAAGGAUGCACGUGAAGCAAUAUGUCUGCAAGCUUUGGCAAGUAUCCCCUCAAGAAUUGAACAGUCAGCCUUCAGCAGCGGCUUUAUAACUGAAGACAACACGUUCAGCAACAUCGGACAGGCUGGGGAGGAACUUCAAGUUAGUGACUGCGAAGAAGUCGCUGAAGACCGGGCAACCGAUGUCACUGCGCUUACAGAACCUCGCGGUAAAGAAAUGACGGCCGCAGCUUCAAGAGCAUGGCCGCUGUCCAGCUAUUGGCAACCUGAUCAGGGCGCGGUGGUCGAGCGACAGGAGAACGCUGGAGAGGAAGCUGGAGCAGAAGACCCUGAGGAAGAAGCUGGCACUUCUGCUGCCUGGGAGGAUGCUGCCGUGCUGCAAAGAGCCGUCGAUAAGUUGAAGCAGCAGUCUGAAGGAAGUUCCAAGGUUAAAGGAGUCCGUUGCGCGGCCAUGUUGGCGUACACGCGUCUCGCAAAGAGCGGCAGACUAAAGAUUGCUGCUAUCAAACUUGCAGCUGAAACGUGUGGCAAAGGUGUCUAUUUCGCAAAUUCAAUUCUCACCUGGACAAAACACGUUUCUGCUCGACGGACGACUUUUGCAUAG